CUCGGGAGCUGACGGCGAGUUACCCCAGAGCAUACUUUCCUCGAUAGACCGCUCGGCUCUUUUCCAAUUCCUCUCCAAACCUUCAAGUCGACUCUCGCGACCAGACAAAAAUGUCGUUCUCCAGCCUCGUCCAGGAUCUGUCGCUCCGUGACUCGAGCGCACCGAGGAGACGGGCCGAUGCCUCCGUCUCGACCAUCGACGACCGCGCUUCCCACCUCUCCCUCGCCAAGUCAUACACGAGCACCGCCGCCACCAGUGUGAGCAUUUCGGGGGACAUCGCAAGCCAGCUCCAUGCCGGCUACUGCCACCCGCUGGCGAGGUCAUGGCAAGCCGAGCGGCAACUUACGAAGUCAAUGCUCAUCUAUCCGCUCUUCAUCUCGGACCAGGAUGACGAGGAAGUCCUCAUCCCUUCGCUGCCGAACCAAUACCGUCGCGGAAUCAACCGAUUGGUCCCCUUCCUGGAGCCGCUCGUGCACAAGGGCCUGCGGUCCGUCAUCCUCUUCGGCGUGCCGAUGCGGCCGGGCACCAAGGACGCGCUGGGAACGGCGGCCGACGACCCGGAGGGCCCCGUCAUCCGUAGCAUCCGGCUGCUGCGCCAGCGCUUCCCGCACCUGUACAUCGUCGUUGACGUCUGCCUGUGCGAGUACACGUCGCACGGCCACUGCGGCAUCCUGCGCGACGACGGCAGCCUGAACAACCAGCUGUCGGUCGACCGCAUCUCGGACGUGGCCGUCGCCUACGCGCGCGCCGGCGCCCACUGCGUCGCGCCGUCCGACAUGAACGACGGCCGCAUCCGCGCCAUCAAGCUCAAGCUGAUCGAGGAGGGCAUCGUGCACAGCGUGACGCUCAUGUCGUACGCUGCCAAGUUCUCGGGUUGCCUGUACGGGCCCUUCCGCGACGCCGCCGGGUCGGCCCCUUCGUUUGGCGACCGCCGGUGCUACCAGCUGCCGCCCGGGGGUCGCGGCCUGGCGCGCCGCGCCAUCGUGCGUGACAUCGCCGAGGGCGCCGACAUCAUCAUGGUCAAGCCGGCGGGCCAGUACCUGGACAUCAUCAGCGAUGCCAAGGAGCUGGGCAGGGACCUGCCGAUCGCCGCCUACCAGGUCAGCGGCGAGUUUGCCAUGAUCCACGCGGCCGCCAAGGCGGGCGUGUUUGAUCUCAAGACCAUGGCCUUCGAGAGCACCGAAGGUAUUCUCCGAGCCGGCGCCACCAUCAUCAUCAGCUAUUUCGUGCCCGAGUUCCUGGACUGGCUGGACAACUGACCAGGGCGAGGGGCGUUAGACGUGAGGAUUGGAGUUUUGGGCGUUUGGGAGUACACGGUUGCUUGGGCAAGGGCCGAGAGUCGGGUCUAUCGUUUAUUAGACGUCCUGUCAUUCUCUGGGUUUCACGUACAUAUGUUCUGGAACACUUUCUGUCAAGUUUGGGGCUCUACGGAUCUCUCAGGUCGGGUUGGAAAAAGCACCUACCGUUGCGGGUCGACUGGGCCGAAGUUAUAGGCCGCCGAAGGCACAUACUGUGGUAUAAAUAUACUUCGUACGUAUCUCCGCUGACGAUCGUCGUUCUCUGUCUUUGGCCAGGACCUUCAAGUGCGCGCGCAACCGG